AUGAUCAUGCUCGGCCUCGGAAGCCCUCGUGCGGCCAACUCGCUCCGACACGGCAUGACGAGUGGAAGUAUUCGUGCGACGCCGGCUCUGGCCCACCGUCCAGUCGUAGGUCGUUAUCACCGCCAUCAGCCUCGGAUUUCGAUCAGUCACUCACUCUUACAUGUCUUGGUGAUGGCAGAUGCAAGCACAACAGGUGCAACAGCCCCAACGUCGCACCUACGUCGAGAGCGUCGGUGGGCCCGGCAGCAACACGCCGCGCAAGAUGAUUGACGACAACCGCGCCAUCAUGUUGGGUCUCGCUGCCGGUGGACUCGGCUUGGUCUGGUAUCUCAUGUAUGGGGGAGGUCCCAACUCCGUGACUCCACCUCCGACGUCUCCGAGCGAUGCAACAAUCCCACGUCCACCGAUCGACGCCGGAUCGAGCGGGCCCGCCCCUGGUCCGCUCAGUACGAGCGGUCGCUGA